AUGACCCGUACACAGCUGAACCGCAACGCCAACGCGGACACGACCAGCACGCUCGACGUACCCGCACAUGCGCUGAUCGAUGGCCAGCGCGUAGUGUGGUUCAGCACGCCCCCACCCCUGCUGUACGGCCCGGCGGGGGUGCGCCUCGCGCAGAGCGAGAUCAUGGAGCUGCGCCUCGCAAUGGGCCAGCGGGAGGCAGUAUUUGACGCGACCAAACCGUUCGGCCUCAUCCCACUACAGCUCGAGGCGGUGACGCCCGCGCUGGUCAUGCAGCCGUGGUUCGCCAAGCUGGCGCCGUACCUCGCCGACUCGAACGUCGCGGUGCUGUGGAGCACUGACGCCGGGGGCGGGGGCGAGGCCAAGGCCGCCCACUCGUCGCACUCGCACACCCACGGCCACCUGGGCGGACUGAAGCGCGAGCUCGGGCGCCUGACACACAAGCACCACGACAGGCCGCCCCCGGCCGAGAGGGCGCCCAGGUCGCCCCAGCACACAGGCCACGUAUCCGCCCUCACCGCCCUCGUCGCCGUCGGCUCGGUGCAGCACUCGCCCGAGGCAAUGCACCGCCUGGUCGGGUUCGACGCCGAGCUCGUGGCCGACGAUAUCCGGCGGACGGGGCUCGGCGUCUUCUUCGGGGACGACGUUGAGUGGCUGCUCCGGGCACCAGGCGGACGGACGAACUCGCCAGGCAUUGUCAUGCCUUAG